UCCUGCGGCUCGCGCCGGCAGGGGCGGGACUUCUGGGGUCGCCAUUGUGGACGCUCGUUUUGCUCUUGACAGGACGUUCCUUACCGCCCUUGGGGACCCGAGCGCUGGGCCAGGGCCGCUUCCCAGGCGCCUCUUCGGGACCCACCGGGGAGGACAGUGAGGAGGAUGGGGCCGACGUCCGCGCCUUCGCGCGAGCCGUGACCCCCGCCUCCGUCCCCGCCUGGCCCCCGUGCGCGUUUACACGGGGGAGGCUGAGGCUCUGAGUGCCGCGGGCUUCGGGCGGCGGGCAGGCUCCGGCCCCGUGGCGUGUGGGGCCCGCUGAGGCCGCGGGCUUGCCCGGGUCCUAUGGCGGCGGCGCUGAUGGACCCGGAGCGGGUGAGUGGGGGGUGCCCGCGGCCUCAUUCAUUCGGACCCCCACACACGGUGCGAGACUCCACGAAGGGGGCGGGGGCGUCCCUGGACCCCCCGCCUCCUUCGCCUCUCUUUCUUGGCUGCCGGAGGCUCUAGGGUCACUCCAAGCCCGAAGUCCUGAGUCCUAGCCAGGGGCCAUGUGGAAAGGUCCUCAUUUCUAGAGUCCAGUGGGACGAGGUGUGGGAAGCUGUUUCAGGCACAGGGACCAGGGCGUGCAAACGCUAGCAGUGUUCAGGGAGCCACAGGUCUCCCUUCUGUCUGGUGGACAGGAGUCAGGCCUGGCAUGGCUGCCCGAGGAGGUUGGCCUGUAAUGUGAGGGUGGUGGGAGCCACGGAAGGUUAGGAGUAGAGGAGGGAGGGGAUCCGACUCACGUUCACGCUCCUUCUGGCUGCCGAGUGGAAAACAGACAGGGGGGUGGGGCGGUGAGGGCGAGGGAAGAGAAAGGGAGGCCCAUAAGGCUGCUACUGUAAUAGAUCAGGCGAGUGAUGGUGGCUUGGUCAGAGUGCUGACUGGAGUUGGGAGAAGUGGUUAGAUUUUGGGUCCGCCUUUUAAGUUAAGCCAGCCAGAUUUUUUUUUUUUCUUUUGGUCUGCUGGGCAACAUUUACCCUGAGUUAACAUCCCUUGUCAAGCUUCCUCUGUUUUGUACGUGAGCCACCACAGCGUGGCCACUGACAGACGAGUGGUGUAGGUCCAGCCCAGGAACCAAACCUGGGCCACCAAAGCAGAGCGUGCCGAACUUAACCCUUAGGCCACCAGGGCUGUCCCAUAAGCCAACUAGGUUUUUAUGAUGUGGAGGGUGAGAGAGAAGUGGAGGAGGCAGGGAGGUCCCCAGGGAGUCUAGCUUCAGCAACUAGAAGGCGGAAGUGCAUCCACAGAGACGGGGAAGUUGGUGAGUUGAACAGGUUUCAGGGAAUAUCAGGAGGUGGAUUUUGACCAUCCUGAGACUCCCGAGUGGACGUCUCGAACGGGCAGCUGGACACGCAGGUCUAAGUUAUGUUCAGGGAUUUGGCUUGGAGACAUCCAUUCGGCAGUACCAGCCUGUGAACAGAGAUGUAACCCUGGUUCAGGUUUAGGAGGGGGCAUCUUUAGGUCCUGGUGAUGGGUGCCUUACUGGGGCAGCUGAGCACUGGGUGGCUGGCCUGGGUACCUGGGCAGGAGUGGUGGGCAUGAUAAAGUUGGAUGAAGGGAGGAGCAGCCAUGAGGAAAGGUGUGUGUGGGAGAGGUGGAUCCAGAAGGUCCCAGGGGCGGAAGCUGAGGCAUGUUGGAGAGGGAGAUGACAGCCCUUAGAGGGGCUGGUGCUCACCCCUCUAUGGACUUACUGGCCUUGGCCACUCUAUGGGGCCUGGUGGUUUCAGUGAGGAUGGAGGAUUAGCUCAAUGGCAGACAGUCAGCUGGGAGUGUCCCAGGCCCAGGGUGGGAGGUAGUGGGACUGGGCUUUGAAUGUGCAUUAGGAGGAGAAAGGAAUGCUGUGGCUGGUGAGGGGACAGCAAGGGGAAAGGCAGAGAGGCCUGAAAGUCUCUGAGAUCCUUGUGUGGUCUGGGUGGCUGAGGGUUGAAGGUAGGAAUAGGACCAGUUGGAGAAACUACGAAGGAAGGGCUGGGUGCCACCCUUGGCAGUUGGGACUUUUGGAAGUCUGGGUCAGGACGGGCUCCUGGUUGACCUCACGAGGUAGCCAGGCUCUGGCCACCAUUUGCAGAGUCGCAUGUGGGGCAGCCGGGAGAUACCCAUUGUGUGGGCCAGAAAAUGGUGGUGGGGUCUGGAGAUGUGCCAUACAAAGACUGAUGUGCAGGUGCAGAGGCAGUGUGAAUCAAUGGACUGGGGUCCUGGUACUGGAGCCUAUGGGAGAACGGGCUGGGGGACCUUUGAGGAUGUGGCUGUGUACUUCGCCCAGGAGGAAUGGGAGCUCCUUGAUGAGGCUCAGAGGCACCUGUACCGCGAUGUGAUGCUGGAGAACUUGGCCCUUGUGGCCUCGCUGGGAUGUGCAUCUUCCAAGUCCCGUGUGGCUGCCCAGCUGGGAGAGGGCAAAGAGCCCUGGGUGCUUGACAGGGUGGAUGUGUCUCCAGCCAUUGCAAGAGAGGCCGGGAGGGAGCCUGGCUCUGGUUGUUGGUGUGUAGUGGAGGAUGCCGCUCCUGAGUGGGGUGUUUCUAUAGAAGGAGUGCUCCAGUUCAGGACCCCUAAGGCAGGUCCUUCCACCCAGAAGGCCAACACCUGUGACAUGUGUGGUCCAGUCUUGAAAGAUGUAUUGCACCUGGCUGAGCACCAGGGAGUACACCCCAGGCAGAAACUGUACAAGUGUGAGGCAUGUGGGAUAGGUUUCUGGCUCAGUGCAAACUCUCACCAGCAACAGAAGGAGCACAGUAGAGAGAAACCCUUCACAUGCAGGGAGUGUGGUAAGGCUGUCCUGGAUAGCCACAACCUCCUCCAGCACCAGGCCACCCACAGCAGGGGGAAGCCAUGCAGGAGCACCGAGCGCAAGGCCUUCCCACCCAGCUCCAGUCACCAGCAACAGCAGGGAGUCCAAGCUGCACAGAAGCCCUUCAAGUGCAGCGACUGCGGGCAGGCCUUCCUGAAGGCCUUCGCGCUCCUUGACCACUUAACUCUCUCUGAAGAGAGACCCUUUAGAUGCCCAAAAGGUGGAAAUGCCCCCAAAGAGACAUCAAGCCUUAUUCAUUGCCCAAAAAUUCAAACUGGAGAAUCAUCCCAUGUGUGUAAGGAAUGUGGGAAGGCCUUCAGUGACCUGUUUAAACUGAGGACCCAUCAGAAAGUUCACACUGGAAAAACACAUCACAGUUGCAGUGAAUGUGGGAAAGCUUUCACCCGCAAACACUCACUUGUUCAGCACCAGAGAGUUCACACUGGAGAAAGGCCUUAUGAGUGUGGCCAGUGCGGGAAGGCCUUCACUCGCAGCUUCCAUGUUGCUCGGCACCAGAAAGUUCACAACACAGAAAGGCCCUAUGAGUGCAGACGGUGCCGGCGAGUCUUUAGCUGUAUCUCCAACUUUGUUGAGCACCAGAAAAUACACACUGGAGAAAGACCCUAUGAGUGCAAUGAAUGUGGGAAGGCCUUCAUUAACAGCUCUCAUCUUGUUCGGCACCAAAAAGUUCACAACACAGAAAGGCCUUUUGAGUGCAACAAGUGUGGGAAAGCCUUCCGGCAAACCUCCAAGCUCAUUCUGCAUCAAAGGAGUCACACUGGAGAAAGACCUUAUAAGUGCAAUCAAUGUGGGAAAGCCUUUAGCUGCCCCUCCAACCUUGUCCCACACCAGCGGAUUCAUACUGGAGAAAAGCCUUAUGAGUGCUCUGAGUGUGGGAAAGCCUUCAGUCAAAGCUCUGCCCUCAUUCAGCACCAGAAGGUUCACACCAGAGAAAGGCCUUAUGAGUGCAGUGAAUGCGGGAAAGCCUUCAGCUACAGCUCUAAUCUCGUUAAGCACCGGAAAGUUCACACUGGAAAAAGGCCUUAUGAGUGCAGCCAGUGUGGGAAAGCCUUCAGCGAAAGCUCCAUCCUCAGUCAGCACCAGAGAGUUCACACUGGAGAAAAGCCCUAUGAGUGUAAUAAAUGCGGAAAAGCUUUCCGCUACAGCUCAAACCUCUCUAAGCACCAGAAAGGUCACACUGGAAGGGAGCCUUCUCAGUGCAGUGGACAUAGAAAUGCCUUCAGCUGGAGCUCCAGCCUCCCUCAGCACCAGAAAGCUCAUACCAGAGAAAGGCCUUAGGAGUGUGACAAAGGGGAUAAAGCACUGACAGGGGCUUUCUCCUUGUUCACCAUAAAGGGACUCGCUCCUUUUACGAGAGAAACUUCUGUGACGGGAACUUUUAUGAGGAAGCCAUCAGCAAGAAACUGAAACCUGCACAGCCAGUGCCCCUCCUGGGGAGCGACCUGCAAGCACCAGAGAUGGGGAACACUUUCAGGGGCUGCACUGCAUUUUCUAACCUGUCCAGGUGCUUUGCCAGAUUAUGUCACUGCCAGACACCAUCUCACCUCCACCAGCUGGCAGGGGCAUGCAUGUGCCUGUCAUCUCAACACACUCAGGGAAGGCAAGACCUUAUGCUUGCUCACUCCCUGAAGGGAGCCGUGAGUGAUGGGAGCCCUUUGGGGUGGCCUCAUUUUCUACUUCUUCCCUGUCCUCAGUGGUUCAGGCACUACCCUGACCUACUUCUCUGCAGGAGGUUCUGGGGUCUGAGGACUUCCAGAGGAGGCUUCCCUUCUUGGUGGGCGUUGUUGAGUCUACAGAUGAUGCCUGCAUUGGAUGUGUUCAGCCUCCAAAUCACCCAAACCUGGAACCACCUGCCUCUAUAGAGAGAUAAAGGCCUUAUUGUUAAAACCAUCUUUAACCCUGGAACUCCAUCUUGUGUGUGAGGAGAGACUGAGAACAGAACUAGGCUCUAACAGUGCAAAGAAGGGGAAGGGCUUUUGUGGGGGGCCCCAACAUAGACAGUAGGGUGGUAAGGAAUAGUUUGCAGUCUUGUAGUCCAAGGCCUCCUGGGCCAAAUCUUGUGUGCUGGAUGCCAGAACUACCUGUUGGGUGCAGAGCUUUGAGAACUGGGUAUUUGGUGUGGCAAUCUCCAGUUCUUCCUGGUCCCUUGUUCCUGGGACUCUCCCACAUUCCCCAGUGAUGUUGUGGGGCCACUGUCUCCUGGGACUUGCUCAUGAGUAAGGUGCCUGAAGUCCAGAAUAUGUGGGUAGGUGUCACUGGAUGUAAGAUCUGCAGGGGCCAUGUGGAACCACAAGUGGACACAGAAACACUGGGCUUGAGGUGAGAGAUUUGGGGAGACUGUGGCAAAUGGACAUGAUACGGCCAGUACUGUAUGUGGGCCCCAUCAUAUCUACUCACAAGAGCUGGCUGUGCUCAACUCCACAUUCAGUGACAUCAUAUGGGUUAGCCUGAAAAAAAAACAACAGCUCUGCAAAAAAACAAACCAACCUCAUUUGCAGUGUUUGCAAAAUUUGCUGACAGUGACCUUGGCUACAGGAGAUUCAGCUCUGCAGGUCUUGGAAAGUCCUGCACUCUCGUCUUGUCCUCUAGAAAAGUGUGAUGUCCCUUUAGAAUGGGCACAACCAGUGGUGUGCUGCUCACUGCCAGAGCAAAUAAUCUAAAGGUGGCGUGGAUUCCUGUAGUCUUCCUGAGCUGUUCACUUCAGGGCCAUCACUGCAUAAGUAGGAACCCUGGGAAUGAGAGAAGGGAGAUUCUGUAGUCCUGGAUUUUUGUGGCCCAGCCAAUAUUCCAGGUAAGCAUGGUGGCCAUGAUGUUCAUAAUCUGCUGGUUUUUGCUGCCACUGAUGCAGGGCUGUCCCCAGGUACAGGGGUCAGAGAUGGUGGAAUCAACAUAUGGUUGCUCCAUUUUCUGGUUUCCCAAGAGGAGUGAGAGAUCCACAUUUUUAUGUGGAGUCUUGAUUUUAUAAAUGUUGAAAAAACUUUUUCUCAAAAACUUCUAUACAAAGGUGUGCACAUAUAUAUAUAUACACACAUGCUAUUGUGUAUGUGUGUGUAUGUAUAUGCAACCUGUACAUAUGGGCUACACAUGUUCCUGGGCCAACACUUGUGAAUGUCAGAAAAUAAGCAAACCAGGCUGUCAGGAGCCCAGACAUGUAGGGUCUCCAGACGUGAAGGCUUCUGGCCCACAGUAUUUACUCCAUAGCAUGUAGCAGGGGCAGUGGCACUACGGCUGCCACUCCACUCAGGACGACUCUUCCCUCCAGUUCUCUGAAGCUGACCCAUGAGGGUGGCAUCCCAGCAGGCUUGUGAUCAGCCAAGCAUGCAGCAAGUCUGCCUCAGCACUCCCCAGCAUCCUGAGGUAUCAGGGCAACGCUUAAACUCAAGCCAUCCCUUCUGGGUGUAAUAAUUGCCUUCCACUAACAUGGAGGACUUGGGAUCACAGUUAAAGUCCAGGUGAACCUUGGAGCCUCAGACCUCCACACAAGGACAGACAUGGAUCAUCCAGAGCUCAACUCCUUGUACCUGUGUGGUUAGGGUUGGACAGAUCUCAUAAUGCUGCCCCCAUGCAUUCACAAAGGCUUUACCUGCAUCUGCUCUCCCCACCAGGGCUCUGUGCACACUACCCAACUUAAUGGAAUCUUAACAUUUCCCUGGUGAUGCCACAACAUGCCAACCAAAGGCCUCUUGGUUCUGAAUGUGUGAUCUCCCCAGAGUACCAAUUUAUGUGGAGCUCAGGUUCUCCCCAGCAUGAGGAAGUAUCCAGGGAUCCCCAGCCUGCUCAAGCCCUCUCCUGGGUGUGACAGUUGCUUUCCAUCACAGUGGAAGGGCUGCUUGGGCCAUUCGGACUCAGACCCCCAAGCAAGGUAGGGCAGACAUCCAUCAUCAGAACUCAAUCCCUUGUAUCCGGAAUGGUCAGUUAUGUGUAGACCUUGUAAAAUUAAGUCUUUUGGUGAAGAGUCCUUGAUUUGGUGAAGUGUCCUUUACUUCAGCCUGCCUUCCAGUCUCUCCAACUGGGCUCUGUGCAAGGCAGCCUGCUGCUCCUAUGUGUGUGUGGUGCACAGGUGUGUCUGUGUACUGUGUGCAUGUGCAUGUGCCAGAAUAUCCAAAUAUCCAGAAUAUCCAAAAGAAAGCCCUAGUGGCUCUGAGUAUCUAUGAACGGGGGCUACUGACAUCCAUCUUGACUCUACAGGAAGGUUGGCCUGUGAACCAGCCACAGAAGGCAGCAUUGAGUGAUAGCCAGAGGCAGCACUUUUGACAUCAUUUGAGCCCUAGAUCCACUUAACUGCCUGAAGCCAGAUGCCAAGUGGACUUCUAGGUUCCACAUGGCAAAACUGGCCAAGGCAAUUCAAUGGGGACAAGAUAAACUCUUCAGGAAAUAGUGCUGGAACAAUUAGCCAUAUGCAAUAACAACAACAACAAACCUCUACCCUAAACUCAAGUCAUAUGCAAAGUUAACUCAAAAUUGAUCAUAGACAUAAGUGUAAAACUUAUAACCAUAAAACUUCUAGAAGAAAGCCCAGUGGCCUUGGAUUUGGUGGAUUUCUUAAACAUAACAUAAAAAACAUGACAAUAAAAAGAUAAGUCAAUUGGACUUCAUCAAAAUUUUAAACUUUCACUUUUCAAUGUUACUCUCAGGAAAAUGAAAAUGCAAGCCCCAGACUGAGGAAACUACUUGCAAAACAAAUUAUGACAAAGGACUUGGAUCUGGAAUAUAUAAAGUAAUGCUUACAACUUAAUAAAACAAAGGUGACCUGAA